AACAACAAACUUUAAUAAUAAAAAAUGGAAUUCAUAUCAUGUUGAGUUACAUUUAAUGGUUACCCAUUAAUUAGCUUUUUUGGGUGUGUUUGUUUUUCUUGAGCUUUCUAUCAUGACUCAGUAAAUAAAGAAAUUUGAUUCCACACAGACACACACACCUGUUGCUGUUAACUUGAUAUAUCAAAUGUCUCAUACUGUCUCCCUCCGUCUCACUGUCUCUGCUCCUAUCCACUGUAUCGCUCCUAUUCUAAAUAUCUUAAUAUAGAAGCUGUGUGUCUGAUCAAAAAUGACAAAAACUGGUGUUUAACAGCUAUAGUUAUGUAACUGUCAACUGUGUGUUCAUUGGAAAUAAUUACAGGACAUAUACUGUCAUGCACGUGAUACAUAAAUUAUUCACACCUCCAGGUCUCUUACCUUCUCUUACACACACACACACCUCCGUCUUUCUGUGGCUGAAGAGCCACUUUCAUCUUUAUCAUCCGCACUGCUGCUCUGCUUUUGCCAACCUUUUUAGAAAAAGCUAGGAUGGUGUCGCCUGCUAUCGCUCUGGCCUUCAUUCCCCUCCUGCUGACAAUUAUUAUCCGGUGCCGCUACUACUUUGUGCUGUUCUAUCGGGCGGUCCUGGUCAGGAUAUGGAAGGACUGUGUUACUGGCCUAAGUCGCGAGGAGCGGGCCUACCAGUAUGUUCUCACUCAUGCCACCCCUGGAGACCCCGACAGCAUCCUGGACGCCUUCGAUGUCUGGUGCAGCAAGGUGGAGUUCAUCAGCAACAUUGGGCCAAAAAAAGGGAAGAUCCUGGACCGACUGCUGAUGGAGCAGAGCCCUCUGACAGUGCUGGAGCUGGGUGCCCACUGCGGGUACAGCACCGUGCGGAUCGCCCGGUCUCUGCCCCUGGGUGCCAGGCUCUACAGCCUCGAGAUGGACGCGAGGAAUGCUGCUAUCGCUGAGAAAAUCAUCCGCCUGGCAGGUUUUGACGAUGACACGGUGGAGCUCAUCGUAAAUCCAUCUGAUGAGGUGAUCCCUCUGCUUCGGUCUGACUAUGGUUUGGAAAGGCUGGAUUUUGUCUUCAUGGACCACUGGAAGAAAUGCUACCUCCCUGAUCUGCAGAUGCUGGAAGGCUCUGGUCUGCUGAGAAAAGGGUCUAUGAUCGUGGCUGACAAUGUGCUGUUCCCCGGGGCUCCAAAGUUCCUCAGAUACAUUCGCAAGAGCGGCCUGUAUGAGUGGAAGGUCCAUCGGGCCACACUAGAGUACAGCAAAGGCAUCCGGGACGGGAUGGCUGAGCUGGUGUACCAGGGAAUCAAGUAGAUUAUGCAGACUGGGAUAUCACACACUAUUAGUCAGAUAUAGAUUUUUGUAGCAGCAAGGGAUGAAUUGAUGAUGUUAUACCCUGUUAAAUAAGUUGUUAAAUAUAACUGUAAAUUCUUACCUUAAAAAGAAAGAAUACUAAACUAACAAAAAUUAUUUGAAUAUAACUGCCAAUUUUGAAAAAAACAAGAGAAAAUUCAUUAAGUAUGCAAAUUAAGCCGUGUGAUGUCAUUUUUGGUGGGUUUAUAAUAAAUAUCCUUUACGUACAAGUUGUAUACUGAAGAAACUGUUGGCCGGCCCUUCAGGUGGGAAAUGUAAC